GGCACCGCAAGCGAUAUCAACAACAGUCUGCUGGUAACUAUAGCAACAAGUUAGCUCGCUAGUUGGAAAAGCCUCUUCAGCUAUCCCUACCUCAUAUACCCCCAAAACAUUAACAUGUCCAAUUUAAAAUGCAAUAAUUGCAUGUGGCUGAAAAUAUGACUUACUUCGACCAACUGUGAAUUUUACUUCGAUUUUGUGAAGUUUGGGGCUGCUCUUUACCCCGUUAUUAGCGUGUUUGCCUGCUAACGCAUUCUCAUAUUUUCUGCUGUGUUGUGAUCCAUAAUGGGAAAAUAUGUGGAGGAGGUCGCUGCGUCUCUCGUACGGGAAUAUCUCAGUCGAAAGGGCCUGAUGAAAACCAUUGCUUGCAUGGACGAAGAGCUUCCACGAACUGAUUUAAGCAUUAAAAACAGAUCGGAUCUACGCCGAAUCCUUCACCUUGAAGGCCUUUACAAGAAAAAUAAGGCUGAAGAACAUCCCUUGAAGUCAACGUUGGAGAUUAUGGUAAAGGAGAAAAUGAGUGAGGGUGGCAAAGCAAGAGGGCGUUACCAUGGUGACAGUCAUGCAGCUCCAUUGGGGCAAACCAUGGCCAGUUCUGUAGACAUGACAGGCAGAGCUAACAGAGAUGAAAUUCUUAUGGAAAGUCUGCAGCGUGAAAUGCCAAGGUUAUCUGAAACCAGCGGUGUGUCACAGAUUAUUGUACCUUCCCAAACACCUUCUGAAAAGACUCACUCACCACAAACCAGCAAGACACUCACCUGCUUUGCUGACCAUCCUGAUAGUAAGAGAAGUGUGUUUACUUUGUCUUCAAGCCAGGAUAGUGUCUUAAUAGUGACAAAUGAGGGAUUUCCCUCUGAGAAAAAGAUUCUAGACACUGACAGCCAGAAGAACAGAAGCAGCAGAAUAAGAAGAGGCAUUAUGGCAGGUCCCAUAGCCAGCUCCUCACAGGAAUGUAACAGAAGACGGCCUGCCCGAAAGGCAUCUGGAUCUUCAUCUCUUAUAACAACUGAGGAUUGUAGAGAAGCAACAAACUGGACAAACUGUCUCAAUAUUACACAUAAAAGGUCACAUUUAUCAGCCUCUUUUGAAGGGAAUCGAAGCUUGGAUAGUGAUGAGGUUGAGAGGAUACCAGAAGGCAAGCCUCAACACCGCUUAAAGAGUCCAGCACCCAGCCCAAAACUGGAUAAACUCCACGUGCAGGACAUGGUUUUGGAUGACAUAGAGAAUGAGGAGAGCUUGUGUGAUAUUUCUAGAACAUCUAUGCCAGAACUUAGUUUGGACAGGAUUGCUAUGGACCAGAAAACUUCCACUGCUCUGAAGGAGAUCAUCUUUGGCUCUCCCAAGGCUUGUUUCACUGAGGAGUGGAAACAACAGAACUUCUCCUUUUCAGAGACUUCUGGUUUGAAAUAUGGAAUUGUUCAAAAGAAGGGAGGACCCUGUGGGGUACUUGCUGCAGUUCAGGCCUGUGUUCUACAGAAGCUUCUGUUUGAAGAAUCGAGCAAUGAGUCACCAGAAGAGAGAUUGCAGGUAUCAAACGUUUCAAGAAUGAAUUGUCUAUCUCGGGCUUUGGCUGAAAUACUAUGGAGAGCUGGGGAUAUGAAGAGAGCCACUGUCGCAAUAAACGCAGGAAGAAGUCUUUUCACCCCGAUCGGACGCUACAGAUCAGAUGGUAUUCUCGAAAUGAUAACAAGUGUCACUGUUGAGACUUUUGAUGAUCUCACAUUACUUCUUGAGCAUCACGUUAGUCAGUUUGAGUUUGGUCCAUAUGGCUGUAUCCUAUUUACCAUCUCUGUCAUUCUCUCUAGAACUGUUGAAGCUGUACAAUGUGAUAUGGAUGUGCCAACCUCCAAUCUCAUCGGAGCUCAUGGCUACUGCACACAGGAAUUGGUCAAUCUUUUCCUUUGUGGACGGGCAGUUUCAAAUGUCUUUGAUGAUGAAAUGAAACUUGAUUCUGGAAAUGGAAAUGUUACACUUUUGAAAGGAAUUAAAGCACGUUGUAACAUUGGCCUUCUGUCUUUAUUUGAGCACUAUAAUAUAUGUAAGGUUGGAUCUCACCUGAAAACCCCCAAGUUUCCAAUUUGGGUUGUGUGCAGUGAGAGCCAUUUUAGUGUCCUCUUCUCUCUCCGUGAAGACCUGGUAUCUGAUCACUGCAAUGCAGAAAAUUUUGACUUGUACUAUUAUGAUGGGCUGGCCAACCAGCAGGAACCAAUUAGAUUAACUGUCUAUCCAACUUCUGCUGCUGUGGCUGUAAAAAAUGACAAUGAAGACAAUGAUCUCAUUCCUCCAUUGGACUUUUGCAUCAGGACCAAAUGGCGAAAUGCUGUGGUCAGUUGGAAUGAUACAGAUCCUAUUCUUUGAUAAUGUAUUGAAAAAGGAAAUGUUUGUUGCCUGUUUAACCCAGGUGAAACGUUAUCUGAUGUAAUCAAAUGUGCAUAAUUUUUUAUAUAAUUAAAAUGUGCAUGCGUCUGGUAUUUAUUUCGUUUUUUGGGGGGCUUCUGUUACACAUAACCUGUUAUGAUACGCUUGUUUUGCUGCCAUUCUUUACAUUCAUAUUAUUUUCAUAAUCUUGCUGCCUGUUAAAUAUUUAUUUAUAAAACACGCCAGGUAUAUAGAUCAACUUUGGGGAAACAUAAUUGUCAAAGUACAUUUCUUGUUUGUUGUCCAUCUAAGUUGAAGUGAGAUCUUGGCCCCUGCGCUUUUAUGCUUGUUUUUGCAGUCUGGUUUUUCUAAGUUCCCAUCACCAGUUUCUCCUUAUAGAUUGUGAUUUGCGUCUCUCACAGUGUCAGAGUGGCUUUGUAAGAAAAACUGGAUAUGCUUUGAAAGAUCACAUCUUCGUUAACUUAUUCAAAUCACAAAUAAAUGAA